CCGGCCUGCUGUUCGCCUGCCCGCCCGCACUCUUUUCUCUCGCUUUCCCCCCGGCCAGCCUUCGCCUCUGCUCGGCCCUCACACCCAGACGGACCCCACCGACACAGGGGGGAGCAGGAAGAAAAAAGCCGGGAGGGGAAACAACACAACUGGACAACUCUGAGUGGAACAACAAGCGGGCGCAUUGCAGCAUCUGGCUCCUCCGCCACGCGUCGAGGUCUUGAACUGUUGUUUUUAACGGCCUCUUGACAACACUCGGAUCCGAAAAGAGAACUCGCCUGGGGGGGGGGGGGGGGGAGAUGUAAAGAGCCUGCGUGUGCUAAGCUUGAGCUGGACACUUUCAUUCAGCGGCGCCGUUAGCUCAUCUCCGUGGAGACCACACUUUCCCUUAUUUCCCCAUUUAUUUAUUUUUUUUUUUGCCGACCCAAAUUACACACUUCCCCGCGGGCAGAAAGGACACGAACAAAACUACAAGAUGCUGUCCGAGCUGAGCGCCUGGUUCUGGCAGGAGCGGCUGUGGUUUCCAGAAGGCCUGGGCUGGGCCGACCUGGAGGACCGGGACGGACGAGUGUAUGCCAAAGCGACUGAUCUGUGGGUGGCCCUGCCCAUUGCCCUCUUAUUCCUAAUUGUUCGUCAGGUCUUUGAAAGGACGGUGGCGACGCCUUUGGCCUCUCUUCUCGGGGUAAAAGAAACAGUACGGCUCAGGGUGCCUCACAACCCCACACUGGAGUCUUACUACUGUAAAGUUACCAAAAACCCCACACAGGUUUCAGUAGUGAGUCUUUGCAAGCAGACAGGCUCUUCGCAAAGACAGGUACAGCGAUGGUUUAGAAGAAGGAGAAAUCUAGACCGACCCAGUUUGCUGAAAAAGUUUCGAGAGGCCAGUUGGAGAUUUACCUUUUACCUUCUUGCUUUCAUUGCUGGCCUGGCUGCCCUCAUUGACAAACCUUGGCUGUAUGAUGUGCAGGAAAUGUGGCAAGGCUUUCCUGUGCUGACUCUGCUACCAUCUCAGUAUUGGUACUACAUGAUAGAACUGGGUUUCUACGCUUCCCUCCUCUUCAGUGUGGCCUCUGAUGUCAAACGCAAAGACUUCAAAGAGCAGAUUGUCCACCAUGUUGCAACCAUCCUCCUCAUCAGCUUCUCGUGGUGUGUCAACUACAUCCGUGCUGGAACACUCAUCAUGCUGGUGCACGACUCAUCUGAUUACCUCCUUGAGUCUGCCAAAAUGUUCAACUAUGCCGGCUGGAGAAAUACAUGCAACUACAUCUUCAUUGUGUUUGCUGCAAUCUUCAUCGUCACUCGCCUCAUCAUUUUUCCCUUUCGGAUUAUCUACUGUACAUGGGUGUACCCUGUGACCAUCUACGAACCCUUCUUUGGCUACUACUUCUUCAACGGUCUUUUGAUGGUGCUACAAUGUCUUCACAUCUUCUGGGCCAUUCUCAUCAUACGCAUAGCUGUCCGAUUCCUCACCCACAAUGAAAAAGUGGAUGAUGAAAGAAGCGACAAAGAUGAGACCGACGAGUCAGAUGAGGACGAAGAGGAGGACAUUCAAAAGAUCACAAAGAUAAACGGGCCUCUACAGAAUGGCCACUCGGUGCACAACAACAACCACAGCAAGGUGGAAUGACAGGAAGGAUGUUUGCACCACAAGGACUCGUAUCCCCUGGCAGGACCAGCAACGGCUGCAAGAGGGAAUGGAGUGACAAAGAGGGAGAUGCAAAUUUGACACAGUUUCCUUUGCACAGCACGACAACACACACACCUUUAUUUGUACAAACCCAAAAGAACACUACAGGACGUGGCAUGGCUUGUUUUUCCUUUGUCAUCAAGGUCCGCAUGACUGUGACAUUGGCCCACACGCGUUGUCACUCAAGACAGGGAAGAAACUGGAAAAAGAGGAGGGAAGUAAUAAUGCAAUGUCUGCCAUAGCUUUCCUCACUCCAAUUGUGUGCCUUAGAGCCAGACAAUGGCUUCUUUCAAAAUACAAUAACACCAUUUCCCAAAACUCGAUGCUUUAAUUUGUGUUUUUGCUUUGUGCUUUGACUUAAAGAACAAAUCAAUGAUCCCUUUUAUGAAAGGAGACGAGGGGGCAUUUAUUUUCCUAAAUUGUGUCUAUGCAACGAGCUAUUAAUAUGUCUUUGCAGAACCCUCCACUUUUAUUUCUUUUUAUUGGAUCUUAGCACUUCAACUUUGUGCCUCACACUUUCAAUGUAGCUUGUGCCAUUUGUAAAGGGGACUUUACUUCUAAUUCCAUAAACUAACUGCAAGAAAAUAUUUGUAAAGCAGAAUAUAUUUCUUCAAAUAGUGUCUGUCCCUCCAAUAGACCAUGUUACCCAGUUAGUCGCCAAUUCACUUAGGAUAACCCUCCUUCAAAUAGUUAGCUGAUGGGUAUAUCAACUGCUUUAUGUCAAAUUAACGCCUCCCUCAUACAGACUUCAUUCCUCAUUGAGUUACCGGUGUGCCCUCAAUUUACACGACUAUAAACACUUCACUCUGAGACAAGAUGCCUCAAUUAAUUGCCAGGUAUGCCAUCCAGUCAUAACAAAUGCAUCCCUCAUAUAGACAUCAUUCCCUAAUUAAUUGCCAGGUAGAGCUAUGUCAUCCACUUAAUAGAAAUACUUUCCACUAAUACUAGAAGCGGUGCCCUAAUGAGCCAAAGCAUGCAUCAACCACUCCAGACUUAUAAAUGCCUCCCCUAAACUGAAGCCCUUCCCCAAAUAAUUGCCUGGUGUGGUAAAAGCAACAAGAGGAGCGGCUACCAUCUUUGUGGAGUUUUCUGAAAACAUGGAAUAAGCAGCUCAAACACAUCUAAAAUACUCCAUAACAAAUCAAUAAAUUUUCUGUACGGCUUAUUCAAUAUGUUCAGACUCACAUUUACACCAAUGGGCAAUUUAUAAACUUCAACGUGCAAUGCAUGUUUUCAGGAUGUGGGAGGAAACCCGAGUACCCAGAGAAAACCCAUGCAGGCACGAAUCCCACGCAGUGAUCCUUGUGUGACCAUUGUUAAAGCUCUUGGCCGCUCUGGCAACAGACAAGCGAGCGGGUACCCUUACUAAAUACAGACUGAGCUGGUGAUAACCGCUUGCAAUUUAAAUAUGCCCAUUGACAUCAUGUAUCUUACCCAGUGGUUUUCAAACUUUUUGGGGGCAGGUCGCCCCUUUUGGAGAGUUGGGAGACAGACCAGCGUUCUAUAUUGAUGCUCUGGAGAGCUUUAUAAAUUAUUUGUUCUGCCUACUCUGGCAUGUUUAUUUCCAUUUUGUUUGCAUAAUAAUAAUUUGUGGUUGGUUUUAAACACGUUAUAAUAACACAAUCUCCAUCGAUCAGCAGUUGAUUCACAAAAUGCCCCAGCCACAAUUUGUGGAAAUGCAGUUUGCAGAUAUCUGACAGGUUUGCAGGAGAACCACAGUUCUGUGCACGUUUGACAGAUUUGAAUGUAUUUCUUGUGCUUUUGCCCUAUGUACUGGAAUGAAUGGAACUUCCGUCAUGUUAGAGACCACUGCCUAGUUGCUUUGGGUGAUCAUGAACCAGAACUUUGUACAUCAAAUCAGGUAAAAGUGUAACAUUUGGUGUAGGGUAUUAUCACAAGACCACAUUUUAUUAUGCUUUAAUGUUUUUUUUUCUUCCUCUGUCAAGUGCCUUAUUUGUAAUUUAUGGGACAUUCCCUCUACUGUCCUUUUCCUCUUCUCUGUCUCCACCUCUCUCACACAUCACAAGCAGCAUGUCCUCCUUCAUCACUCACUUUCCUCCUCCACAUAUCCCCCAUUCCAUCACCACCUACAUUUUCUUCCUCUUCUUUCCUUUUUAACUAACCUUGACCAACCAACCAAGCUUCCUUCUUCCUCGGGUGACACAGAAGCAACAACUGGGUCCAGGUUAUAAUGUUUUUUUUGUUUUUUUUUUGUCAAAUGACAAUGAAGUAUUGUUAUUAAUAAUAAAAGCAAAAGAUCAUUCACACUCA